CCUCCAUAAGGAGUAUAUAAUUAUUGGCUUAAAAGCUCUAGUGGCUAAAUAGUAAUCCUAAUGUUUAUAACAAAAAAUAAAGUAUGUUGCAAACUAUUCUAGGGAAACAUUUUUAAAGUUAUUAUUGGAUGACUACAGUAUGGGGUGGAGCUGACCUUAGAGAAAAGAGACCAGCAAUAAAAAGGAAAUCGGCAAACACUGCAGUCAGCAUAGUUCCAGAAGGCAGGACUGACCAAGAAGGAGCAGAAAAGCAAGAUGAAUGAUGUGAAGCUUGCUGUUUUGGGUGGUGAAGGAACAGGCAAAUCUGCCCUUACAGUAAGGUUUCUUACCAAGCGGUUCAUUGGGGAAUACGCAUCUAAUUUUGAAUCUACCUACAAUAAAUAUUUGUGUUUGGAAGGGAAGCAACUGAAUCUGGAAAUAUACGACCCUUGCUCUCAACCCCAGAAAGCAAAAUUCUCCCUCACAAGUAAACUUCAUUGGGCAGACGGGUUUGUCAUUGUGUAUGACAUCAGUAACAGAUCUUCUUUUGCUUUUGCAAAAGCACUGAUCUACAGAAUUCGGGAGCCACAAACUAGUCAUUGUAAAAGAGCUGUGGAAUCAGCUGUGCUUUUGGUUGGCAACAAGCAAGAUCUCUGCCAUGUGCGAGCGGUUGGCUGGGAAGAAGGGCAAAAGCUGGCACUGGAUAACCGAUGCCAAUUCUGUGAGCUGUCUGCCGCAGAGCAGUCUCUGGAGGUAGAAAUGAUGUUUAUCAGAAUUAUCAAGGACGUCCUGACAAACUUCAAACUCAAAGAAAAGAGAAGACCCAGUGGAUCUAAAUCAAUGGCCAAAUUAAUCAAUAAUGUAUUUGGAAAGAGAAGAAAAUCUGUGUAGUAGACAUGUGAUCCUAGGGGAUUUAUUAUGUCAGAGAGUUUUAAAUAUUCACACGAUAAUUAAAUUUACUCAUUGUAUAAUAUAUAUAUAUAUAUAUAUAUACACAUAUAUAUUUUAAAAAGA